CCAAGAUCUAAAGCUACCUCUUAUCAUGAGGAAACGAGGGCGCCCAAAAGGGGCAGAGAAAACAGUAAUAGGACUACCAUCUCGAAAGAAAAGAAAAAGUGAAUUACACAGGGUAGCUACAUUUUUAAAGAAAUCUUCUCGGGAAAGAGAGAAAGUAAUGCUUUCAUGGUUUGUUGAUAGUCAAGUAAGAGACUCUGUCAUUGCAAGGAAAAGAGUAGUGGAAGAAGCGGAUGUUGAAAUUUGUCCUGAGAAAAUACCAUCUUCUUGUCUGGAUGAAAAUGUUUGCAUUAAUUCAAGUCAAAAAUAUUUCUCAGCAGAUGCUUGGAUGGCAGUUGAGCAAGUGCUCAAAGUAGUGAAAAAUAAUCCUGCUUGGUUUUGUGGAUCAUGUGAAAAUAAAAUUGAUGCCAGUACAGAAGACUCUAUUGUUUGUGAAUCAUGUUUGUCAUGGUUCCACUUCAACUGUUUGGGCCUUAGAAAGUCGCCAAUGUCAUGUAAAUAAAGACAAUGAAGUCUAAGUACAUGUAUUAUCCUCAUUAUUUAUGUACUUGUCUCUCUAUUUUUACACUCACCUCUUUCUACUUAUUUCUUUUGACUAAUGACAAAAUCAUUAUGUUUGGAUUCAACUUACUUAUUGUUUUCUAUUUAAUAUUCACGAUUAAUUUAUUAA